UGUGCAGACCUAAUUCCUCUUCCUCCCUCACGUAGUUUGACGAUUCGACCCGCCUCCCUCUCCACACUCCCCUUCUCCCUUCCGCCAAAUCCAAUCCCUAGCAAUGGCGCUGCGCAAGCUUCUCACCCUCUCUCGCCGCCCCCUCCUCGUCUCCGGCCGAUUUGCCUCCACCGCUGCAGUUUCCGCCCUCGCAAACCCCGCCGCCGAUGCUCCCUCCCUGGCCAAACCCCCCGUGAUGCACUACGAUCGCCUCGCCGAGGCCGUCCGAUCCAAGAUCAAGCGCCUCGAUGAUCCCGACCCCCGCUUCCUCCGCUACGCCUCCCCCCACCCCACCCUUGCCGACCAUACCCCCAUCCUGGCCGCACCGGAGACCCGCGUCACCACCCUCCCCAACGGGCUGCGCAUCUCCACCGAGUCUACUCUUGCCUCCCGCACCGCCACGGUCGGCGUGUGGAUCGACGCCGGGAGCCGCUUCGAGACCGAUGAGACCAACGGGACCGCGCACUUCUUGGAGCACAUGAUCUUCAAGGGCACCGAAUCGCGGACAGUGCGACAGCUGGAGGAGGAGAUUGAGAACAUGGGCGGGCAUCUGAAUGCGUACACAUCGAGGGAGCAGACCACCUACUACGCCAAGGUGUUGGAUAAGGAUGUGCCCAAAGCGCUGGAAAUCCUUGCAGACAUACUUCAGAACUCGUGUUUUGAUGAGAAGCGCAUUGAGAGGGAGAGGGAUGUAAUCCUCAGGGAGAUGGAAGAGGUGGAGGGACAAACUGAAGAAGUUAUUUUUGAUCAUCUGCAUGCAACUGCUUUCCAGUACACUCCACUUGGCAGAACUAUACUAGGACCUGCUCAGAACAUCAAGACAAUUACUAAAGAGCAUCUUAAGAAUUACAUAUCAACACAUUAUACUGCCCCUAGAAUGGUCAUCUCAGCUGCUGGUGCUGUUAAGCACGAGGAUAUAGUUGACCAGGUUAAAAAGCUGUUCGCAAAUCUGUCAAAUGAUCCUACGACAGCAUCCCAGUUGGUUGCAAAGGAACCAGCUAUUUUUACUGGUUCUGAGGUUAGGAUAAUAGAUGAUGACAUUCCACUUGCACAAUUUGCGGUUGCAUUUAGUGGAGCAUCCUGGAUAGAUCCAGAUUCUAUUGCUUUAAUGGUAAUGCAGUCUAUGCUAGGUUCUUGGAACAAGAAUACUGGCAGUGGAAAGCACAUGGGUUCAGAGCUGUCUCAGAGGAUUGCCAUCAAUGAGAUCGCCGAAAGCAUGAUGGCCUUUAACACAAACUACAAAGACACUGGUCUCUUUGGUGUUUAUGCAAUUGCUAAGCCGGAUUGCUUGGAUGAUUUGGCCUAUGCAAUUAUGUCUGAGAUAAGCAAGCUGUCCUACAGGGUUUCAGAAGCUGAUGUGACCCGUGCACGAAAUCAGCUCAAAUCUUCUCUUCAACUUCACAUUGAUGGUACCAGCCCUGUUGCUGAGGACAUCGGUCGUCAGAUACUUACAUAUGGCCGUAGAAUCCCAGUUGCUGAACUUUUUGCGAGGAUAGAUGCAGUUGAUGCAAGCACCGUUAAGCGUGUUGCUAAUCGCUUCAUAUUUGAUCAGGAUGUGGCAAUUGCAGCCAUGGGACCAAUCCAGGGCCUUCCAGACUACAACUGGUUCAGGCGCCACACAUAUUUGCUCCGUUAUUAGCUGUGCGCUGGUCCUUCAAUAUUUUCCCAAUCAUCAGAGUGUUAUCUUCCUUGGCCCUUUCUAUCCUGCUAGCGAUUAUGACUACAUGGAAGUUUCAGAUGUCUGAAAAGAUUUUGCUUUUCUUCCACAGAAAUGGUGCUGUAACGUUUCCGACUUAAGUUAAAUAAUGAC